AAAUUCUUGUCGACGUUGACCAUCGACCACGAAGACGUCGAGCAAGAAAUUCACCCGUCAUGCCUCAAUUCAUAUCUACGUCCUCGUCUUCAAAGAGGAAAGCAUCCAGGUCACCAGAUACUCGUCUCUCGAAGCGAGCAGCGCCUUCAACCCCCGAAGAGGGUGAAGUCGAUGAUGGCGGGCCUUCUAACCCUCCUCAUUUCUCUUUACCAGCCAAACCGAUAUCCACAGAAAACAAGAAAGGAAAGAUAGCAUUCCCAUUCAAAACCAAGAAAACGCAAGUCGAAACAACGGCCACUACCACCACUAACGUCUUCUCGGAAGCCAAGCCAUCGGCAGGAAAGUCUUCUCCUGGACGGGGAAGGACACGCGAGAGGAUAUCAGAAGGCACUAGGCACCCGUCCAGGGAUUCUGAUGUAAAGGAAAGAAGGAAUGGUCGAGGAUCUCGAGCUGUCGACACUUAUUACCCCGACAAUGAUGGUUCCCGCUACGCAAGCAGGAUGCGUUCACGUUCGCGUUCGCGGUCCAUCUCACCCGGGAUGCAUCGUUUGCCUCGUCGUGAUCCGUCUUAUAGUCCGAGGAGACACGAAAGACACGAAAGACGGGACAGAGAUAGGGAUAGGCACUACAGCAACUGGAGAGACAGAGACGAUAGAGUUUAUGACAAUCGAGGGAGGCAUUUGGACAAUGAAGACAGAUAUUACCGGCCCCAACCCUACUCAUCCUCUCGCUGGGGUGAUGACCGAGAACGAGGUGGAAGGGAUUUCUAUCAUCGUAGACCUUCGCCUUCCAGAAGCAGACAGGACCGAACUUACCGUCCUAAAUCUUCGUCCCCCGUUGAUCUCGCGAGGACACCUCCCGGUCAGCCAGACUAUGCGAUGACACCACCUGGCCUACCGCCAUCACAGUCGCCACUGCCAAAAGCCCUUGAAACACCCACUCAUCCACCCACCUCCCCGUCACAGUCUGCAGCAGCAGCACCUCCCCCCCCUCUUGAUGGACCACCACCCCCCCCACCUCGUACACCACCUCCAGUCCCUCCACCAGAUACUCGCCUUGCGCAUCUAGAUCGGCCCGCGCCACCUAAACCUAAAGCAGUUUACAUACCUAUACAACCCACUCAUCCACUACGACCACCGCCUGCUCCACGAGAUAUUCAUUCACCACCUCCGUUGAAACAACCUGCUUCUACUGAUAGAUACAACCGCCCCACUGCCGAAGGCAGGGAUCAUCGUAAAAAUAACCAAAAGGAAUCCACCCCCAGAAUCCGGAUUGUUAGACGCCCUGUAACCUUCACUCCGGACAGAAAGGAAGAAGAAAGGAGAUUUGGACAUGUCCUAGAGGGAUGUGGUAGACAGGAUGAUUAUGCAGCUACCACCAAGUUGGGUGAAGGGACCUUUGGUGAGGUUCAUAAAGCGGUUCACAAAGCUACCGGAAGAGCUGUUGCUCUCAAGCGCAUUCUGAUGCAUAACGAGAAGGAGGGCAUGCCGGUGACAGCUUUACGAGAAAUCAAAAUCUUGAAAGCGAUGAAACAUGCCUGUAUCAUAGAUAUAUUGGACAUGUAUAUCGUGAGGAGCAAGGAAAAUGAAUCCAUGUCGGUGUUUAUGGUCUUUCCGUACAUGGACCACGAUCUCGCUGGCCUUUUAGAAAAUGAGCGUGUAGUACUACAACCAAGUCACAUCAAGCUCUACAUGAAACAGCUGCUGGAAGGAACUGCGUAUAUGCACCGGAACCACAUAUUGCAUCGUGACAUGAAAGCAGCGAAUCUCCUCAUCUCAAAUUCUGGCUCUUUACGUAUCGCGGACUUUGGUCUAUCGCGAACGUACGAGUUGGAGGGGUCCAACAAAAUGAAAGAACGCAAGUAUACAAACUGUGUCGUGACCAGAUGGUAUCGACCUCCUGAAUUGCUUAUGGGCGCACGUAAUUAUGGUGGGGAGGUUGAUAUCUGGGGUAUCGGAUGUGUUUUUGGCGAAAUGUUCCUUCGUCGGCCUAUUCUUCCAGGUACCUCGGAUAUUGAUCAGCUCGAAAAGAUAUGGCAACUCUGUGGAACACCCAAUCAACACACUUGGCCUCAUCAUGACCGACUACCCGGUUGCGAGGGUAUCACCCGCUGGAAAAACUAUCCGAGGAAAAUCAAGCAAGCCUACGAAGCAAUUAGCUCCGAAGUUUGCGAUCUUAUGGAUAAGUUAUUGACGUGCAACCCUCAAUCCCGUAUCACGGCUGAAGUGGCUCUGGACCAUGACUACUUUUGGACAGAUCCAUUGCCGGCCGAUCCAAAGACCCUCCCAUCAUACGAAGCCUCUCAUGAGUUCGACAAACGUAGCCAACGAGCAAUGAACCAUCGUCCACAACCCCAACCUCCCGCCAUGCCUCAGCAUCCUCGAAUAGAUCACCGACCGCAACAUCGAGCAAUGGCUAUCCCUCAUCACAACGCCCGCCCAUCUGGGCCACCCAACGGUUGGCCCCCUCAGCCAAACAAACUACCAAUGAAUUACCCCGGAAUGCCGCACCCACCUCCUCAGAUGCCAGACGGUGGUGGGUAUUAUCCUCAGCCUAAUUACCUACCCGAUGCCAGACCGGGGCCUCCCGGUGGAGGUGGAGGUGGAGGAAACCCUUUACCUCCUCGAGGGGUGAUAUCGAGGAAUGCAGCCUAUCAACCGAAUGGAACGCGAAAUUAUAAUCCUGGACAUCCUCCUCCUCGUGGACAUAAAAAUCCUGUUCAACCGCCACCACCUCCGUUGCAUGUGGCACCUGGAUUACCACAACGGCCUAUGGAUCCUCAGGGUAGAGUGGCAGGUGUUGUUGCUCCUCAUCCCAGCGCGGUUAGAGGAGGGGAUCCCGACCGGGAUAUUUCAGAUCCGUCUGCGUCGCUUAAUUAUGGCUAGGGGGUCCUUUAAUGGGUUCUUCAUUCCCACCCAAAUUACGUUUUUGUGUAUCUCCCCGCCUUACUCUUCGUUUUAUACAUAACCAUGCAUCUUUUUUCCAAACUUCCAUAAUCAAGCCAUAGACUAAGGCGCUUUUUGUGAUUCGUCGUUUUGUUUUCUUGCCGUUUGCUACCACUACAAUCAUUGCUACAAACCAACCCAUCUGUCAUCUGCAACCACAUAUAUAUCUCUCUUGCAAAGACUUUUUCUACGCUCUUAUGCACUAUUGUAUAAUA